CAUGCUCAACCCUCUAGCCCCUUUCAUUUCCAUCUCCGACCAAUUCCAAAUCUUCGCCCACCUACCUCUACAAAACUUCAACUCUUUUAACUACCAUCCCAUCAUCGUGUGCCUUAACUUCGGCUGGCCUCACCAUCAUUACCUUCUAGUGCACUAGCUAUGGGCUCAUGGCCUUUUCUCAUGUGCUGCUUUAUAGUCUUUAGGAGUAACAUAUGUUCGUCUAGUAAGUCUUUUGAGUUUUGAUAUGAAAUUGGAGAAAGGGGAUUCACGACAAUCAAUUCAAGUCUACCAAUUUUUGUAUUUCAAGUCUACCAAUUUCAACUCCUUUCGACCGUCACUGUUAUUUCUUUAACCAAGUUUUACAGAACACAUGCAGUGGAGAACAAACUGCAAAAAAUAGAAAGAAAAAGUGGAUUUUUUCUUAAACAUUUUCUUGACACAUGUUGGGAACUUAUAUUAUAAUGGUUAUGGUACCCGUGUACUGGUGCAUUUUUAAAUUUUUGCUAGUGCUCAAUAUCAACUUUCAAGGUAAUAGCAUCCCAAAAGAGUGAUCGUUCUGCAAAUGCCAUGUGAAAAGAUUGAGCUUCAGGAAACAUUUUCUUCCUUCACUGACUCUUCACUUUGGCAUCAUGGAGAGUGGAACUAGUGUUUUCUUUGUCUAGGGGAUUGUAGGUUCUAAAGUUGGGGCAGCGGUUUGAUUUUGUACUGAUUACCUCUUUUUUAUGAGUAAAUUUGUUGGUUUGAAGGCGCUAUCUUUCUGGGAAUCAAGUUUCUGCUGACAUAUUGAAUGCUUGUAUAAUGAGAAUCAUGAGGGAAUAAGCAAAAACAUUGGAAUGUAUUGUACAUUCUGAAAGAUCUUGGUUUGAAAAACUUGCAGAGAGUGGAAUCAACUUUUGUGAAUCAAGGAAGGAGCUACCUUGGGGGAAAGAAUCAUGGGUUGUUUUGGCUGCUGUGAAGAUGAUGAUUUCAAUAGACCUACUGAUGGAGGAGGUGCAUACACGGUGAAAAAUUCAGCUGGAAACAAUGGAGGUUAUCAGAUGACUGAAGCAACAUCUAAGGGUGCUCAAACUGUGAAAGUCCAACCCAUUGAUGUCCCAGCUAUUUCAGUUGAUGAAAUAAAGGAAGUUACAGAUAACUUUGGGACUAAUUCCUUGAUUGGAGAAGGCUCAUAUGGAAGAGUAUACUAUGGAGUUCUAACAAAUGGGAGGCAUGCUGCAAUCAAAAAAUUGGACUCCAGCAAGCAACCAGAUGAGGAAUUUUUAGCCCAGGUUUCUAUGGUAUCAAGGCUGAAACAUGAAAAUUUUGUUGAAUUGCUCGGGUAUUGUGUUGAUGGUAAUCAACGUGUGCUUGCUUACGAGUUUGCAUCUAAUGGAUCUCUUCAUGACAUUCUUCAUGGAAGGAAAGGAGUCAAAGGAGCACAACCUGGUCCUGUUCUGUCAUGGUCACAACGUGUAAAAAUUGCUGUAGGGGCUGCUAAAGGGCUUGAAUAUUUGCAUGAGAAGGCAGAACCUCACAUCAUCCAUCGGGACAUCAAAUCAAGCAAUGUUCUACUCUUUGAUGAUGAUGUCGCUAAGAUUGCUGAUUUUGAUUUAUCAAAUCAAGCACCUGACAUGGCAGCACGUCUUCAUUCAACUCGUGUUCUUGGAACUUUUGGUUACCAUGCUCCCGAAUAUGCAAUGACUGGACAGCUGAAUGCAAAGAGUGAUGUCUAUAGCUUUGGCGUUGUCCUGCUUGAGCUCCUGACUGGGCGCAAACCAGUUGAUCAUACGUUACCACGUGGACAACAGAGUCUUGUGACAUGGGCUACACCAAAACUUAGUGAAGACAAAGUCAGGCAGUGUGUUGAUGCAAGACUGGGGGGAGAUUACCCUCCCAAAGCAGUUGCAAAGAUGGCUGCUGUGGCUGCAUUGUGCGUACAGUAUGAAGCCGAUUUCAGGCCAAACAUGAGCAUUGUGGUAAAAGCCCUCCAGCCUCUUUUACAUACAAGGCCAGGACCUGCUGGUGAAACAGCUCAUACGUGAGCCUUGUUUUGUCAAAGUCUCCCCUCAUUCAAUUGCUAGCCUGGAAGACUUUACCUGCUCCUAUUAUACUACCAAGCUCGAUAAUUUCUUCUCUCCUUCUCUCAAAUUGUUUCAGAGAUGGUGCUUUUGUAGAUGGUGUGCUUUCAUUAUUCACGUAUAAUAUUUGAUUUGUUUAUAAUGUUUGAAUCUUUCUUUCAUCA